AUGGGUUUCAAGAUGAUCGCAAUCGUUCGAACAUUUCUGCUGGUCUACAGCAUUAGCUUAGCGAGCUUCUUAUGUUCUGCUUCUCCAAACGCUGUCGGCAGCUCGCUCCCGGAUCCAGGAACAUGUGGGGUCAGCUUAGGGAAUCGAGUCUCGGGCGGCAAUCGAACUGAUCUCAAUGGAUAUCCCUGGACGGCACUUCUGCUGCUUCAACCGGUUGUUGGCCAAUACGUGAACUACGGUUGUGGUGGAGCUUUGGUCUCCAACCAGUUUGUACUGACUGCGGCUCACUGUUUCGAGGAAAUUCCCAAAGAUAUGCGGGUAACCAAGGUCCGUCUAGGUGAGUGGGAUAUUUUAAGUGACAAGGAUUGCGUCGAUGGGCUCUGUUCUGAUGAUCCGAUCGAUGUGCGCAUAGCAGGACACAUUAUUCACCCAGAAUACAUUUACGAACAUAAUGUUGCGGUGCAUAACGAUAUUGCGUUGAUCAAACUGGAACGACCGAUUGAAUUCACCGAUUUUAUCUCACCUGUUUGCUUGCCAUUGGCCAAGGACCUCCGAAAGAUACGUGAAGCUGGCAGAAAAUUUACCGUUAUCGGAUGGGGUGCUACCGAGAGAGGCAUGCAAAUACCACGUAUUCUUGGCAGUCAGUACAAGUUAGCUGUUGAAGUACCGGGAGUGUCGCUGAAGACCUGUCGUCGACACUAUCCAAAUAUGAUCGAAUCGGAAAUGUGUGCGGGAGGCGAAAGUGGCAAAGAUUCUUGCCAAGGUGAUUCCGGUGGCAGUUUGGUCACCAAUGUGGAUGGCUACUGGUAUCAGUUCGGUGUUGUUAGCUAUGGUUUAGGUUGCGGUUUGGAAGGAGUUCCCGGCAUCUAUACACGUGUUACCAGCUAUUUGGAUUGGAUCCAUGAGACGAUGCAGGGAUCUUUUCCCCCGGAGCAAAAGUGGCCGAUAUAUGACUAAAUUUCUUACCCAAUUUAUCUCUAUAAGGUACAUACAAUUGUCAUGUUAGUCGAACUAUGUACUCCUCCGAAAUAUCUCAACCAAUGCUCACAAGAUUAUUUUUAGAUUAUUCUGCUGGCAUUAGAAUAGGUUUUUAUCAAAUUUGAAUAUCAUACAGUUGAAUCAAUUGACCUCAGAAAUCAAAUUCGAGAUUUGAAUCAAAUAAAAGUCAUGGCAUUCCAUUUUGCCCUAUAUUUUCCACCCAGUCACCCCGAGAAGGAAGGCGCCAGGGCUGCAAUCAAAGCUCGCUGACGCUCAUCCUUUGGUACGUCGUGAUGUUGGUGCAAAUUUCUAACAACAAGUGUACUCUUCAAGUGGAACACCGGUAGGAUGUUAACUUGGAUGUAAUUAAGUACUAAACUUUCUUAAGGGUAGUAAGUUUUUGUAUAAGAAUCAAAACAACUUUACUGGUGUUAAAUCAAAUAAAAUGUUUUUUGUAGAUUUUGGCUUAUUUCAUGAAAUUUGUCAAACAGUUGAUGUUGGAUUUGUUGAUUUUAUUCAAAACAAAAAGUUUCUUGACAAAAUCAAUGUGAAAUACUGCAAAACCACAGCAAAUCAGAGGUCAUUAAAUUUCAAACACGAGCAAGUUUUGGCAUAAAAUGUAAAUUCAUUGACCUGAACCCACUACUGCUCUUCAAUUGUAGAGGAAAACAUUCAAACAAAAACGGGAAAAACCUAGAAAACAUUUUCAACUGAUGUUCAUCUAAACUGAAACAUUAAAAAAAAUGAUAAACUAAACUCAAGAACAUAAAAAGUAGUUUCCGUCUACAAAUGUCUACAAAACGAGAAGAUCUUAACACAAUUCAUAUGUAAAGAUAGUACUUCAGAAAUAAAUGGCUCCCUUGUUUUCUAUACCUGCAUUUUAUCGAAAAAAUCUUUCUGACUUGGGUUCAGGAAAUGAAUAAGUUAUAUAUUAUUUUUAAGAAUUAUCUGUUCAGUAGAACGCUACUUUGAAGGUGGAGAGUUUUCACAGUAUGAAACAUAUAAUAAGUGUUGCCUGUAUAGUUUAAAAAGUGGAAUAUUUCAAGAAAAAAGCAGGACACAGCAAAAGUGAGCAAAAAUAAAAGUUUCCAAAACAUCAGAAUAAUUUUA